CUAACCAACCAACCAUCCAACCAACCGACCGACCAUUCAUCCGUUCAAGCGUCUUAAUAUUUACAUUUUAUAAAUAUAAUAACAAAACAAUCAUAACUAACCAUACACAUCCAAGACAUUCAACCAACCAACUUACAAAAUGGCAAUACUUUUCUUUUUUUUUUUUGCUAUGACUACAACAACGACAACAAUAAUAAUAUUUUUGCAGAUACACAAACAGACAAGCAAACAAACAUAAAUAAAUAAGACAAGUUUAGUUGUUGGACAGUUGGAUGAAGGUAAAUAAAAUAACAAAAUAAACGACUCUGCAGUAGUAAAAAGUCCCCUUUUGCAAAGUGUACAACGCUACGCGGUACGACAUUUAACAAAAAAAAUAAGACGGACACAAAAUUCGAUUUAUUGCGUGUUGUUCGGUACUAAUAAUAAUAAUAAUAAAUAACUAAAAAACUUAAACUUGAAAAAAAUCUAUAAAGGAAAAAAUUUAUAACAUUUUAAAUAUUUUGUUUUAUUAAAAAUAAACAAAAAGAAAAGAACUAUAACAGCAAUCAGGCAUGGAUAAUUGCAAUUUUGAAAUAUUACUUAUUUGUAGCACAAAAUAGUACUUUUUUUAGGAUUAAAAGUACUUAUUGUGUUUUUGAUUAAGUGAUUGACAAAUCAAGCAAAGAGUAGAAAAAGUAUAACAAAAGUAAACAAAAAAAUUUGCCAUAUUUACAAAAACAAAGAUAACAAAUAUAAAUACAAAUAAAAAAACUCUCCUAUAACCAACCUGAUUAAAAACAACAGCAACUAAACACACACACAUACUCCCAAACAAAUGCAAAGGAAGCAAAAUUGAGAGAAAGAGAAAUUUACAACUUUUGUCUAUUCUAAAAGAAAAAAAUAAACUUAAAAUAACAACAACAAAAAGGAAAAAAUAGAAAAACAACAAUAGCAGAAAAAACACUGCCAGGAGUCUAGAGUAAAGUAAAAACAAACAAAAAACUAAAGGAGGAAGGAAAACCGGACGAAAAGACAAGUAUAAAGAUAGACAGACAAAGUGGCAGACAGACAGCCGAACAGUCUAAAUAGUUAGACCAAUAGACAAACGGAAGGAAAUAAGUUUUGUGCAAUUGAAACCUCUACAUUUGCAAAAGCAAAUAAUAACAAUAACAACAAAUAUAAAAAAUAACAACAUCAGCAACAACUUGACAAGUGACCUAGUGCUAUUUUUUUCUUUUUGCCAUUUAUUAUACCUAUACAUCUGUGACUAGAAAAAUAGGACAUGUAAGCUCAUUUCAAGUCCACCUAAUCGUUUAGCUCAACCGCGAAUGUCACUACUGGGGAAGCCUAUAAAUUAUAAUCGCGGCAAUCAUCGCCGUGAUGUACGGUAUAGAAGACUUCAAAGUCGUGUAUAUAAUUUUCUGGAAAGACCGCGAGGUCUGCCAGCAAUUUUAUAUCAUGUGGCCGUAUUCCUAAUGGUCUUUACCUGCCUUGUUUUAAGUGUAUUCUCGACGAUAGAUGCGUAUGAGAAAGAGGCACUGUAUAUAUUAUUUAGAAUGGAAAUAUUAGUAGUUAUUUGGUUCACAAUGGAGUUUUUCAUGCGGCUGUGGUCAUCCGGUUGUCGGUCACGAUACCAAGGAUGCGUUGGUCGUUUUAAAUUCGUAAAACGACCAUUUUGUAUUAUAGAUAUUAUUACUAUAGUUGCUUCCGUAGUUGUAUUAGGCAUGGGUACAUCUGGCCAAGUAUUUGCCACAAGUGCUUUAAGAGGUUUACGUUUUUUCCAAAUUUUACGUAUGGUACGUAUGGAUCGACGUGGUGGCACCUGGAAACUACUCGGCAGUGUAGUAUACGCACACAGACAAGAACUGAUCACCACUAUGUAUAUUGGAUUCCUAGGCCUUAUAUUUGCAUCAUUCCUGGUGUACUUAAUGGAGAAAGAUGUUAAUGAAAAAUUUAGUAAUUUUGCUCAAGCCCUGUGGUGGGGUGUGAUAACCCUCUGCACAGUAGGCUAUGGCGAUAUGGUUCCUGAAACGUGGCAGGGUAAAUUAAUAGCCUCGUUUUGUGCAUUAUUAGGUAUUUCAUUUUUCGCCUUGCCAGCGGGCAUUUUGGGUAGCGGUUUUGCCUUAAAAGUCCAACAGCAACAGCGUCAAAAACAUAUGAUACGACGACGUCAGCCCGCUGCCUCACUUAUACAGGCCCUAUGGCGUUGCUAUGCAGCCGAUGAACAUUCAAGAUCAGUAGCAACCUGGAAAAUACAUCAAGUAGCUUUACCCAGUCCUCCUGCCUCGUUUUUCCGUAUUUUCAGUUCUGAGUAUUGGGAUAGACUGUUUAAAAAUUUAAUUGAAACUAGAAGAGCCUCAUCUAGUUUUAAGCACAAUGCAUCGUUUGUGGCCCGCCUACCAACCAUCAGACGUUCAAAAGCCCACACUAUGCAAUCGCCGGGCGGUGAUGGCAUCAAAACAGUCGCCACCAAUCGUGUCUCAAGGUAUACGCGCAACAUACGUGAGAUGAAUCAAUCGGUGGAAAAUCUUGCAGCAAUAAGUCCUCACUUUUUGGGGCCACAGCGCAGACAUAGUUCUGUAUCGCUGGGAAAUUUAACAAGUACUCGCAACGAAAAUUUACAACCAAGUCCUUUAACAAUACAAGAGAAUGAAGCGGUCAUGAGUGAAGACUAUAGUCGGAAUACGAUUAUGAAUUGUGAAAGUAGCAGCAAUACGAACAGCGGUAAUAAUGGCAACAGAUCUAAAUUGAUAUUCGGCAAUGUUACCUCUAUACCCAUAGUACUAUGUGGCAUGUUACAGAAUGAUAUAUUCGGUACAAAUUUUAAUAUGUCCACACGACCAAGUCCAUCAAUUUGUGAUGAUAAUACAAGACAACAACAAGAGCAACAACAACAACAGCAGCAGCAACAACCUGCAAGACGUAGAGCCUAUUUUGAUCCACAGCAAUUGGGUGAAGACAAUGAAACCAAUAUUGAUAAUCUUACAGGUCACUUAGAUGAAGGAAAUGAAGAUGAUGAGCCACGCUGCACUCAAUUGACAAAUCAGCACAAGACUGCCAUAAGAUUUAUUAGAAAGUUAAAAUACUUUGUUGCGCGGCGUAAAUUUAAAGAAGCCCUCAAACCCUAUGAUGUUAAAGAUGUUAUGGAACAAUAUGCCGCUGGUCAUGUGGAUUUAUUGGGACGUGUUAAAAAUGUUCAUGCCAGAUUAGAUCAAAUAUUGGGAAAACAGGGUUCAAAAUCAAAAGACGCUUAUGCUUCUAAAAUAAGCUUAGCAUCAAGAGUGGUCAAAGUCGAAAGACAGGUGGCCGAUAUAGAAGAAAAAUUAGAUAUUUUAAUUAAAGCUUACAUGGAGGACCGUCAACGGUUUCAAACUCUUCCCCCUAAUCCUCAGGUCUCUAAACAUUCCAACAACAAUCACCUCCCUAAUCAUGGCCACUGUGGUCUUACUACGAGUAGUAAUAAUCCAACACUAGAUUGGCAAAAUCGCACAGCGAAAACAAAUGAUGCUAUAGUAGCAGCAACAGCAGCGGCGGCAGGAGCAUCAGCAACAACAACAUCAUUAGAUGCAUCAACGACCACAGCAGGGCUGUGCCCCCCUAAGGGGACCAAUGAAUAUACAAAGUCUUCCGAUACCUGUUCAUAUCCUUUAUCAGCCGAUGUUAGACCGGCACGUGUUUAUCAACAGCGUAGUAGUGAUGGUUUCAUAGCCGAUAUAGAAAGUAGAACAAAAAAGAGAGUAACUUUAAGAUCAAUAUCACAACCAUAUGAAAAAGAUAUUCAAGUGGAUGAAGUAGCGAUAACAAUACCAAAUAUUGAAACACAAUCACUUGGCUCUAGUCCUCGGCAAAGGCCGGAAAGUUCUAUAAUAUUAAUAGAUGAAUAUGAAGAUUUGGAAGAAGAAGAUCUCAAUUGUGAAGAAGAAUUCGAUCAAUAUCCAUCAUGGGAAAUUGACAGUGAUGCCGUAGUCGAUGCAGAUGCUGAAGGCGAUUGUGAUGAAACAACGGAAGAUACCGCCUUAUUACACCGACCAACACGUACUGCAAUAGUUAUUACACCUAUUAGUCCCGUAAGCUCCGCACAUAAUCUCCAAAGUAUGGAUGACCAAAAUGCUCCUACAAUCAAUAAAUCAAAUUUACUAUCGCCGGAUUCCGGAUAGCAAUCGUAACAUAUGUAUAUUUUUUUAUUAUCGCUUACAAAUUUAUACUCUUGUGUUCAAACAAACAAACAAA